GGCAGCGGGCAGAGGCUGCGGCCGAAAGAUGCCGGUCCGUAGGGGCCACGUCGCGCCCCAAAACACUUACCUGGACACCAUCAUCCGCAAGUUCGAGGGCCAGAGUCGUAAGUUCCUGAUUGCCAAUGCUCAGAUGGAGAACUGCGCCAUCAUUUACUGCAACGAUGGCUUCUGUGAACUCUUCGGCUACUCCCGAGUGGAGGUGAUGCAGCGACCGUGUACCUGCGACUUCCUCACAGGCCCCAACACCCCGCGCAGUGCCAUGUCCCGCCUGGCGCAGGCCCUGCUGGGGGCCGAGGAGUGCAAGGUGGACAUCCUCUACUACCGCAAGGAUGCCUCCAGCUUCCGCUGCCUGGUGGACGUGGUGCCCGUGAAGAAUGAGGACGGGGCUGUCAUCAUGUUCAUCCUCAACUUUGAGGACCUGGCCCAGCUCCUGGCCAAGAGAGGGAGCCGCAGCCUGUCCCAGUGCCUGCUGUCCCAGAGCUUCCUGGGCUCUGAGGGCUCUCAUGGCAGGCCAGGUGCACAGGGGCCUGGCACAGGCAGGGUCAAGUACAGGACCAUCAGCCAGAUCCCGCAGUUCACGCUCAACUUCGUGGAGUUCAACCUGGAGAAGCACCGCUCGGGCUCCACCACAGAGAUUGAGAUCAUCGCACCCCACAAGGUGGUAGAGCGGACCCAGAAUGUCACCGAGAAGGUCACCCAGGUCCUGUCCCUGGGUGCAGACGUGCUGCCAGAGUACAAGCUGCAGGCGCCACGCAUCCACCGUGGGACCCUCCUGCACUACAGCCCCUUCAAGGCCGUGUGGGACUGGCUCAUCCUGCUGCUGGUCAUCUACACAGCCGUCUUCACUCCCUACUCGGCCGCCUUCCUGCUCAGUGACCAAGACGAGUCUCAGCGUGGGGACUGUGGCUACACCUGCAGUCCUCUCACUGUGGUGGACCUCAUCGUGGACAUCAUGUUUGUGGUGGACAUUGUCAUCAACUUCCGCACCACCUAUGUCAACACCAACGACGAGGUGGUCAGCCACCCCCGCCGCAUCGCUGUCCACUACUUCAAAGGCUGGUUCCUCAUUGACAUGGUGGCCGCCAUCCCCUUCGACUUGCUCAUCUUCCGCACCGGCUCUGAUGAGACCACGACCCUGAUCGGGCUGCUGAAGACGGCGCGGCUGCUGCGGCUGGUGCGCGUGGCCCGGAAGCUGGACCGCUAUUCUGAGUACGGGGCGGCCGUGCUCUUCCUGCUCAUGUGCACGUUUGCGCUCAUCGCGCACUGGCUGGCCUGCAUCUGGUACGCCAUUGGCAACGUGGAGCGGCCCUACCUGGAUCCCAAGAUUGGCUGGCUGGACAGCCUGGGCGUGCAGCUCGGCAAGCGCUACAAUGGCAGCGACCCAGCCUCGGGCCCCUCGGUGCAGGACAAGUAUGUCACGGCCCUCUACUUCACCUUCAGCAGCCUCACCAGCGUGGGCUUUGGCAACGUCUCACCCAAUACCAACUCUGAGAAGGUCUUCUCUAUCUGCGUCAUGCUCAUCGGCUCCCUCAUGUACGCCAGCAUCUUCGGCAACGUAUCCGCCAUCAUCCAGCGCCUGUACUCAGGCACCGCGCGCUACCACACGCAGAUGCUGCGUGUCAAGGAAUUCAUCCGCUUCCACCAGAUCCCCAACCCGCUGCGGCAGCGCCUCGAAGAAUACUUCCAGCACGCCUGGUCUUACACCAAUGGCAUCGACAUGAACGCGGUGCUGAAGGGCUUCCCCGAGUGCCUGCAGGCCGACAUCUGCCUGCACCUGCACCGCGCGCUGCUGCAGCACUGCCCGGCCUUCCGCGGCGCCAGCAAGGGCUGCCUGCGCGCGCUCGCGGUCAAGUUCAAGACGACGCACGCGCCCCCCGGGGACACGCUGGUGCACCUCGGCGACGUGCUCUCCACGCUCUACUUCAUCUCCCGCGGCUCCAUCGAGAUCCUGCGCGACGACGUGGUCGUGGCCAUCCUAGGAAAGAACGACAUCUUUGGGGAGCCCGUUAGCCUCCAUGCCCGGCCGGGCAAGUCCAGUGCAGACGUGCGGGCCCUGACCUACUGUGACCUGCACAAGAUCCAGCGGGCAGACCUGCUGGAGGUGCUGGACAUGUACCCCGCCUUCGCAGACAGCUUCUGGAGUAAGCUGGAAGUCACCUUCAACCUGCGGGACGCAGGCGGAGGUCUCCAGUCAUCACCCCAACAGGCUCCAGGCAGCCAGCACCACCAAGGCUUCUUCCUCAGUGACGACCAGUCAGCCAGCCCCCACAGGCUGGGGCCCCAGCCCCAGUCUCAGGGCUACAGCCUUCUGGGUCCUAGAAGCCAGACCACUCUGGGGGCAGGACCUCGUACUCCAGGGCACCCAGGCACAACCCCUUCCCUGAGCAUCUCAGACGCAUCUGGCCUCUGGCCUGAGUUGUUGCAGCAAGUGCCCCCAAGGCCAAGGCACAGCCCCCCAAACCCUCAGGGAGACCCAGACUGCUGGCCCCGGGAGCUAGGCUCCAGGCUAGAGCAGCUGCAGGCCCAGAUGAACAGGCUGGAGUCCCACAUGUCUUCAGAGCUCAGCCGCAUCCUGCAGCUCCUUCAGCAGCCGCUGCCCCAGGGCCACACUGGCUACAUUCUGGGAGCCUCUGCCUUGUUUCCUGCGGCCUCAGCGACUCAGAGUCCAGCAACUAGGCUGCCCCAGGGCAGUCUGCCCCCUGCACAGACCCCAAGCUCUGGUGACUUGGACAAAUGUGGGCCGAAGCACAGGAAUUCCUCCUCCAUGUUACCUCACCUGAUCACGGCAGCGGACAAAACUACAACACUCUUCUCGGAACAGGAGCAGCCUGCGGGGCUCCUACCACCCCUGGCCUCUCCUCUGCGUCCCCUGGAGGUACAGGGACUUGUCUGUGGUCCCCGCUUCCCCUCCUUCCCUGAACAUCUCAGCUCUAUUCCCAAGCAGCUGGAGUUCCAGAGACAUGGCUCAGAUCCUGGAUUUGCAGGGAGUUAGAGCCACUGAACCCCAAGAUAAAAGACACCAUGAGGGGACUGAAGGUGGAUGAGGUGAAAGUUAAGGAUUUGGGGAAGGCAGAUAGCCUCCAAAAUGGGCCUCUGACAACCAUUCUCCUAGAGUAGCUAUAAAGUGCUAACCCAGAUGACCCAAGACAGUGGGGGUGGAGAGGCUCAGCACUCUUCCCAGCCUCCUUCAGGGCGCUGUUUAGACAGUGGGCCUGGUGGAGGGUGGGUGAGCUUCGGGCAUGGAGGUAGCUUACAGAACAGAGAGGUCAAUGAGGAAAAGAGAAAAAGUUUCCGAUCUUUUGUAUGAGAGCCUUGCUCUGGGCUGGGUGUGAUCACCUCCUGGCUCAGAACUAUCCACCACCUCACAGCCCAGCACCCAUGAUUGGUCAGACCUCCUGCCUAGAGCCUGUGACCCAGCUGGAGAUGAAAGUGUCCUCUGUAGCGAACACAUCAGGGCACAGAGCUCCAGCCCUCGGCCGCUCUGCCCCUGACGGUUCUGUAAGGACCUUUGGGACCCUAGCAGGCAGUGGAGUGCCUCACAGCUAAUAAAGUCUGCACAUUUCAUGUUGAGUUGGGUGUGUAACUUACCUGAGGGUCAUCAGGUUCUUGACUGUGCAAUGACCCCAACAUCUGUUGUCUUGUCCAAGCCCCUCUCAAGGGAGCUGUGUGCUGGGGACCUGAAGGUGGCUCCAUCAGGCCCAGGAGCCCCUGGAUCAUGGGGCUCUUAGCCAGGCUGGGGUGAAGGGAAGCAGAGAGGUGCUGGCUUGGUGGCCAUCAGGAAUCAUGACAACAGCAAACACUUCCAUAACACUAACUGAGUGCUGGGUACCAUGCUGACUGCACUGCAGAUAUUAGUUCACCUAAUCUGCACAACAACCCUGUGGGGUUGAUAUUAUUAUCCCCAUUUUAGAGAUGUGGGAUCAGAAGCAGAGAAAGACUAAGAAAGUUACCUAACCAUAUGAGGGGGACUUCUGCGGUGCUGUACUGUUCUGUUCCCUGAUCUAGGUGCUGGUUACAUGAGUAUGUUUCAGGUUGUGAAAAUACGUGCACUUCUAUGUGUAAACUACACUUCAAUUUAAAAAAAAAAACAGGGGCUGGCUUGGUGACGAAGCGGUUAAGUUCAUGCUCUCCGUUUCGGUGGCCCCGGGGUUUGCUGGUUUGGAUCCUGGGUGCAGACCUACACACCACUCAUCAAGCCAUGCUGUGGUGGUGUCCCUACAUACAAAAAAAUAGAGGAAGAUUGGCAUAGAUGUUAGCUCAGGGACAAUCUUCCUCAAGCAAAAAGAGGCAGAUUGGCAACAGAUGUUAGCUCAGGGCCAAUCUUCCUCACCAAAAAAAAAAAAAAAGAAUCUUGCCCAAAAUUAUAGGAAAAAGAGGAUGUAAUUUCAACCCAGAUGGUCCAGCUUGAGAACAUGUACAGUUAACUACUCCAUUGAAAUGGGCUAUCGUCCAAAAAGUACCUGGUCACUGGUCUUCAGUCCUUUUUGUUCCAGUACUCCCUAAAAAAUUUUGAAAAUGUAUUUCUCCCUUCAUACAUUUUUAAGUUGACGUCUGAAGUAUUUCAUUGAUAAGUUUAAAGAGUUGCAAAGGAUGUAAUUUCCAGUGUGUUGUAAAUAUUGACACUUUAUAAAUGAUACCAUUUAUAUUGAUCCAUUUCGAUCCAAAUAGCA